UUAUUUGACGAACAAGCGUUGUAAUUAGCAAAACAAACUGUACCACAUGGGUAAAAUAAUUUCCGAGUGUCUUUGAACCCAGCUGGCCACCUUGCCCGUCUGCCCCGUUAACGUCGCACCUCCAUUCUUGAGUAUGUGGCGACAAACGGCGAUGAAAUAAGCGAGGAUCGGAAUGGUGGGACUUGUUGCCGAGGACUGGGGCGGGUCUCGGGCUUGCUAGCACGCCGUGUGGGGGGUGUCAGUUGGAAAGGGAGGAAGCGACGCUUGCAAUUGGAGUUACCGAAAAACUACUACCAAGUCGAAAAAUAAGACUUUUGAGGAAAAAUCCGUCCGUGGGGUGAGCCUGGGUGAAAAACCGACGAGGGAAAUAACGGUUUAAAAAUCUAAGAAGGGCUUGUCGUGCCUGGCUUUGAAAGCCUCCCUCCCCCCCUUCCGCCUCCCCCGGACGUGCGCGUCCACGCCUGGAGGCGUGCGCGCGCGUGUGUUUACAAGUGAGUUUUGAACGAGUGCCAGCAGCGAGGCAACAAGGAGGCAUGGUGGACAACUCAGGCACUAGUAAGGCACAAAUGCCCAGCAUGUCUCAGGAGCCCGGUGUAGCCUUUCCACAGAGUACCUCUACGGGGGGGAUGAAGCUGGAGGCGGUGAUGGAGCAGCUCCAGCGGCAGCAGCAGGCCCGACUGGAAAUGGAGCGCAAGGAGAGGAAGCUGCGUGAGGCCCACAUCAUGUACGCUCAGCAGGUGGCCGCCCAGCAGGCCAUCCUGGCGGCCGCCCGGGCUUCCGGGGCCAACUUCAUGGGCAAGGGCCUGGUCGGUGCGGUGCCCGGCGGCGGGCUACCUCCUCGCAUGUCCAAUCAGAGCAGCGUGGACUCUGAGAAGGAGGACGACGAGGACAGGGGUCGCGAUUCCGCCGACGAGGAGGACGACAACGAGAUGAUGGACGGCGACGAGCGCAGCGACGAGGAAGAAGGCGGCGCAAGCGGCCUGGAGUUCCUCCGCAAGCAGACGCUGGCGUUGCAGCAGAGCGCUGCCCGCAUCCAGCAGGCCCGCCCCUAUGGCAGCUUCGCCGCGUCGGCCCCCCAGAGGGCGGCGUCCCCGCCCAUCAGAGUCAAGCAGGAACCCGACGAGGGCCUGUCACCUGCGGGCGCUCACCCUGCUACCUCCCCAAAUGGGCAGGCUGACUGGAGCUUUGACGACCACUUCAGACAGAAUGGAAGUGCAAGCUGGGCGGACGAGGCUGACAGUAGCAGAGGAAGAGGGGAAGCCUCCAGAGAUUUUGCCAAGUUGUACGAGCUGGACAAUGACCCCAAGAGGAAGGAGUUCUUGGACGACCUCUUCACCUUCAUGCAGAAAAGAGGCACUCCGGUCAACCGUAUUCCCAUCAUGGCCAAGCAGGUCCUGGACCUGUACAUGCUCUACAAGCUGGUGACGGAGAAGGGAGGCCUGGUGGAGGUCAUCAACAAGAAGAUCUGGAGAGAAAUCACCAAGGGACUCAACCUGCCAACCUCCAUCACCAGCGCAGCCUUCACCCUCCGUACUCAGUACAUGAAGUAUCUGUACCCCUACGAAUGCGAGCGGAAGGGCCUCAGCUCCCCCGGCGAGCUCCAGGCGGCCAUCGACAGCAACCGGCGCGAGGGCCGCCGUCCCAGCUACAGCAGCAGCCUCUUCCGCUUCUCGCCCUCGCCCAGCACGGCCCCGCACAUCCUCUCGCCUCCCAAGAUGCACCUCUCCGCCCUGGCCGCCGGCACCUCGGGGGCCCUCAACGGCCUGCAGGCCUCGCCGGGAUCCUCCCUGAAGAAAGACGACCUGACUCCCUCCAUCAUGGCGGCCAGGCCCUCCAUGGCGCUGGCCCUGGGGCAGCAGCAGGUGGCGGGCUUGGCGCGCGCCGCCACGCUGGAGCAGCUGAGGGAGAAGCUGGAGACCGGCGUGGGCGUGGUCUCGGGGGAGGGCCCCGAGCGGAAGAUGGCGCGCCUGGCCGAGGAGCAGCAGCGCCUCAUGCAGCAGGCCUUCCAGCACAACCUGCUGGCCAUGGCGUCCCAGAUGCCCAUGAACCUGCGCCUGGGCGCCCCCGCCGUCACGCCCAGAGAUGAGAAGCAGCAGGACAUGUCUCUGAGCAUCUCGACCAACGGCAACGCCAGCAUCACCGUCUCCGUGGAGGUCAAUGGGACAAUGUACUCAGGAACACUCUUCGCCCAGAAGGCCGCAGGGGUCCUGGGAGCCGCCGCCGCCGCCGCCACGGCCCCCGCUCCUGGAUCCAGCGCCGGCUUUGCCUUCUCCGCACCCCCGACCCAGACCCUCAGCCCGGCGUCCACUUCCUCUUCCUCCUCCUCCUCCUCCUCCUCUAAGGGCCCCGGUUCGGCUGAGCUGGCCCCCAACGGGUCACCCUAAUUGCGAGCAACCCCCACACCCCUGACCGCCCCUUCCAACGGGCCCCCCCUUUCCCCCCUCCCCGCAUGAAUAUUCAGUACAGUGAGAAAGAUUACAAACUCUUGCACAACAAAUACCUCAUCAAACCUGUCGACUUGUUGGCUGUCCGAUGGUGAAGAGAAUCGUACUACACCGCACGACUAUGCAUUUUACACACACACACACACACACACACACACGCUAAACACACGCUAAACACACGCUAAACACAAUCAGCGCAGCCAAAACCCACUGACAGGUGUCGUCACGAUUGAACUUGAAAAUCUUUUUAGCGCAUUUUCUUUAGUUUGUUGCCAUUUGUUGUCUUUUUUUUUUUGCGUCUUUGGAAUGUUUCCUCUCUUCACUUACCUCAAAUUACGAAACCUGCAGUGGCGUCUUCUUACCUCAGGAGUAGAACAUGGAACCUCAAUCCGCUUCUCAUUUCUCCUCUCGUUUUUGGUCUUUGAUUUUGACUUUGCCACCUCGCCGCAAUCAGGGUCAAUCAAGUCGGGUAUUUAGCGGCGCCGGCGGCGGCGAGCGAGCGAGCGCGGCAUGAAAUCGGAAUAUACCUCAUCGUUCUCUCGUCAUGGACGCCUCACGACGUGGACCAGCCUUGUCCCAACGGAACCGCAGCACCUCUCUGCACGAGUGCUCUUUCAAGCGAAAAAAGAAAAAGGAAAAAAAAGCAUUUGGGGGGGGGAGGCGGGUGGUUGAUUUUCUUUUGACCUCUUUGGGC